AUGGCGACAGCGACGUCCAAUCCCUACAUGCCGAGCAAUAGCAUCCUGUCGUCCAACUCUAUCGUGCACAGCGACUCAGGCGGCAUGCAGCAGGCGACCACGUACCGAGAUCCUUCGAAAAUGGUGCAAAGCGACUUCAUGCAGGGGGCCAUCGCCAGCAACGGCCACAUGCUCAGCCAUGCACACCAGUGGGUGACGGCGCUGCCGCACACCGAUGCCGGCUCGCCCUGGUCCUCGGCCAUGGCCGGCAGCCCCUUGGGUCAGCAGCAGCAGCAGCAACAACAGCAGCAACAGCAGCAACAGGACGUGAAGCCGUCGGUGCAGGUCGUGGGCCGGGACGAGCUGCACACGGGGGCCGCUCCCCUCCACCACCACCGCCCGCCUCACCUGCCGCCCCACCAGCCGUCUCACGGCGGCCACCCGACCGCCUGGGGGGCCACCACCACGGCUCACCUGCCGUCCAUGGGCUCGGCCGUCCAGCCGCUCAUCUACUCGCAGCCCGGAUUCACCGUCAACGGCAUGCUGAGUCAGGCGGGGGGGCAGAGCCUGCACCCGGGGCUGAGGGACACGCCGGAGCUGGUGGACCAUGGGCAGCAGCACCACAGCCACGAGCAUUCGGACGAGGACACGCCGACCUCGGACGACCUGGAGCAAUUCGCCAAGCAAUUCAAGCAGAGGAGGAUCAAGCUGGGCUUCACCCAGGCCGACGUGGGCUUGGCGCUGGGCACCCUGUACGGCAACGUCUUCUCCCAGACCACCAUCUGCCGGUUCGAAGCGCUGCAGCUGAGCUUUAAAAACAUGUGCAAGCUCAAGCCCUUGCUGAACAAGUGGCUGGAGGAGGCCGACUCGUCGACCGGCAGCCCCACCAGCAUCGACAAGAUCGCGGCUCAGGGCAGGAAGCGAAAGAAGCGCACCUCCAUCGAGGUGAGCGUCAAAGGAGCGCUGGAGAGCCACUUCUUGAAAUGUCCCAAGCCCUCGGCGCAGGAGAUCGCCACCCUGGCAGACAGCCUGCAGUUGGAAAAAGAAGUUGUCCGGGUUUGGUUCUGCAAUCGUAGGCAGAAGGAGAAACGCAUGACGCCGCCGGGAGGAGUGCAGCAGACGGACGAUGUGUACUCACAGGUCGGCAAUGUAAACGCCGACACACCACCCUCUCACCACGGACUACAAACCGCCGUGCAGUGA